AUGGGUCGCCGUUGGAUGUACAUCGAUGAUCGAACUACACGUGAGUACUUAGACGGGGUUGAGGAGUUCUGUAGAAUUUCCACAAGACACAUACAAAGUACAAACGUGAAGACAAUUUUGUGCCCUUGUCGUGAUUGCAAGAAUGUGUUGAGAUAUGCUGAUAUUAAGAAGAUAGAGAACCAUUUGGUUAUUCGCGGGUUUAUGCCAGAUUAUAACAUUUGGUACUGGCAUGGUGAGAAACUACCUGUAGAUCGUUCGUCACAGAAGGAUGUCUUGGAGGAGGACACAUGGCCUCUUACUUUUGAAAAUAAUAACAGUGAUAGCGAUGAAAGUGUUGAGGAAGAUCGCAUUAGUGAGAUGAUGGACGGGUUAGGUGAUCAUGUGCACGAAGGAUCUCGUAUGUAUGAGAAUUGGAAACAUAUUGAUGAAACCUUUCCCGAGUUUGGUAAAGAGGCUAGGAACCUAAGAUUUGCAUUAAGUACAGAUGGGAUGAACCCAUAUGGCACUCUUAGUUGUCAACAUAGCACAUGGCCGGUUCUUUUGUCGAUUUAUAAUUUGCCUCCUUGGUUGUGCAUGAAGCAGCAGUACAUUAUGUUGGCUCUCCUAAUAUCUGGGCCUAAACAACCCGGUCAUGACAUAGAUGUCUACUUGGCACCCCUCAUUGAAGAUUUAAAAUUGUUGUGGGAAGGUGUUCCGGUGUUUGACGCACAUACAAGUACAACCUAUACACUUCGUGCCAUGAUUUUUUGCACCAUAAAUGAUUUCCCGGCGUAUGGGAAUUUGUCAAGGUAUAAAAACAAAAGAGAGAAAGCAUGCCCGAUUUGUGAGGAGGAAAUGAUACCCCAACGAUUGAAACAUUAUGGAAAAAAUGUGUACAUGCACACUAGAAGGCUCCUUUGGCGAGAUCACCCUUAUCGUAAUAAGAAAAAAGAAUUCAAUGGGUAUAAGGAGAAACUUACUAUUCGUGAGCCUUUAACGGGAGUAGAAUUGUAUGAAAAAAUCAAAGAUGUUGAGACUAUUUACGGGAAGCACAACACACCCCCGACUAAGAAGGGUGUCCUUUGGGAAAAGGAUGGGCCCCAUGUUCGGAGGGAUAUGAAGCUUGCCAAUAUUCGACCAAAAUUAUGGCCCGAUGAUAAUUCCAAAACAAAAAAGUCAUUUUUACCUCAUGCUGGCUACACAUUGAGCAGAGAAGAGAAAUGGAUAUUUUGUGAGUGUUUGCAUGGGAUUAAGGUGCCUACAGGGUAUUCGUCGAAUAUUAAGCGGUUAGUUUCAAUGAAAGAUAAGAGGUUGAUCGGCAUGAAGUCCCAUGAUUGUCAUGUUAUGAUGCAAGUGAUCCUACCAAUUGCACUUCGAGGGCUUCUCCAAAAACAUACUGAUGUUGUUGAAACAUUAUGCAAGUUGGAGAUGUAUUUUCCACCCUCUUUUUUUGACAUAAUGGUACACUUAAUUGUCCAUCUAAUACGGGAGAUCAAGGAAUGCGGUCCUGUUUUUUUGCGAUGGAUGUACCCGUUUGAAAGACACAUGGGGACUUUGAAAGGUUUGGCAACAAAUAAAGCAAAACCCGAAGGUAGUAUUAUUCGAGGUACCAUUGAGCAGGAGGCAGGAAACUUUUGUGCCGUGUUCUUGGCUAAAGCUAAAGAAAUUGGAGUUCCAAUAUCUCGUCAUGAGGGAAGACUUCAAGGUAAAGGUACAAUUGGUCGCAAAUUGGUCAAACCUCAAUCUGAUAGAUUCCAGGAAGCUCACCGUUAUUUUCUCCAACACCUUUCAGAAGUUACUCCUUACGUAGAAAAACAUCUCACUGAAUUGAAAAGAGAGAAUCCAAAAAUUGGGCAAUAUGCAUUGAUGAGACAACACAAUCGUUCAUUUGUUGCAUGGUUUGAAAACCAAGUGAGAAACGAAAGGAGACAAGCAAAUAAUAAUGUUUCUGAAAUGAUUAGAUGGCUUGCACGAGGUCCUCAAUUAUUUGUGAACACUUAUGAAGGGUACGACAUCAACGGAUAUUGUUUCUACACUAGUCGUCAAGAUGACAAGAGUGUACAACAGAAUAGUGGUGUUAUGGUGGUUGCAUCUUCUACCGAAUACUCUAGCGCCAAGGAUAUUAGACCAAUUGAUGCAACACAAGCAUAUUAUGGGGUAAUUCAGGAGAUAUGGGAGCUAAAUUACGUCCAUUGCACAAUUCCUUUAUUUCGAUGUCAGUGGCCUGACAAUCGACGUGGUCAGAAAAUGGAUGAAUUAUUUGGUCUUACUUUGGUGGACUCAAGUCGAUUUAAUGAUACCAAGGAGCCCUUUGUUUUGGCAUCUAAUGCGAAACAAAUUUUCUACGUCCAAGACAACAUUGAUCAUCAGUGGCGUGUUGUUGCUCAAGGCAAGAGAAAAAUUGUUGGUCUCGAAGAUGUUGUUGAUGAAGAAGAGUAUGAUCGAUUUGAUGACACCCCGCCUCUAUCUAUUGGUGUUCAACCUCUAGGAGAUGGGGAAGACAUUGUUGAUGAUGGAGACUAUGAUCAUGAAGAAGGAGUAUUUGUUGAUCUUGAUAUAUAA